AUGCCUUCUCUUCAAGGCGUUGAAGUUGCUAUUGUGACUGAGCCUGGGUCCAAAAAGCUCCCCGAAUUUCCCCUAUCAAAUUCGCAACAGAUUCAGGAAUCUAAACCCCAAAUAUCUGUCUAUAUUCCUUCUGAGCCAGGUACUCAUUUCGGUAUUCAUUACACACUCGCUAAAGUGGUAAAGCCACCACCUUACUUCUAUUUCAAAAUAUUCAUAAAUGGCAGAAACGUCGCAAACUGCGGCGCAGGUUCUCUUACUCAGGCCUCGGGCUCUAUUGUGCGCUCACUGUGUGUGCCAAGUGACCGCUGGAAGUACAAGGAAGACGGUGUGCUGUACAUCAGAGAUGGUAUAGAAGCUCGUUGCUUCUGCUUCCUUCCAACUGGACACAAAUCAAUCGCAGAGGAGGGAGGGUUUAUCGAAGUCCAGACCUUUCGUGCCAAAGGGAGAAUUCGAAGACUCCCCGUCUUGGAGAAGCACCGUGGCCAGGAGACUUAUGGCAUCGGGUCACCUUCAGGUGGAUUGCUGGAUUCACCGGACGAAGCCCGUUACUAUGACUGGAUUCUCAUCGACCCGAAGGAAUCCCCCUUUGUCACAUUUCGCUUUCACUACCGUACCUGGUCGAACCUGUACCAGCUAAGCCUAGCACCUCGCCCCGAGAAGCUGGAUGGAUCGUCGACGCACACCGAAAAAGGCUCUACAGGAAGUACAAAAACCGGGGGGCCGAGUGGUACACCAUCCUACUACAAAACGACCAGCACGCCACUUCCGAAAUCAAGAUCAGAAGGCACAAACCACACCAAAUCGGAUCAAGGCAUCUCCUCCACGUCCUCUGAUUUAUCUAUACGACUUCGUGGAAUAGUCAAGAACGCUCCUGUGAUGCUACCGCCAAGCCACCCUACUCGCCCUCUGCCAGAAAUCCCAAUCAAGAAACCGGUUGCUUACAAAGACGCUAAUCGUCCUGUGCUGGCUUACACAUGUUCUUCUCUAUCCGAUAUUUCAGAGAAGACAGAAGACACCGAGACGAGCAUCACAGCCAUCUUACCCGUACGAGCAGAUUCCCCUCGCAGCAACGAGUAUGGAAUAUCAGAGUCUCACACAACCGAAACCCCUCUGGCCCCAUCACUCCUCAAGGAUCGUAAGAACCCCGAUGGUCAAGAGCCCCCGAUCGAGAAAUGCAAAGAUGAUGAUGUAACAGAGACAAAGGAACCGAGUGCCAAGCCAAAGAUGAAAGGCACUGAACCGUCUUCUGAUACGACAUCCAAGGUUGCCAAAGCAGAAAUUUGA